UUCAUUUCUGUUAAUUCGCGCCAUUUGUUUUCCCGGUUUCCUGUCUUUUGUUUAGAAACAGGUUAAUCUAUUCUGACAAACAAAAAUUAUUGAAAGUAUAUAAUUCUAAUUAAUUUUAACAAAAUUACCUAGUACUAUGUCGUCUGAGCCCACCGAACCAAACAACGAAAUUAACCCAGAUGAAUCUCAAUUGGAAGAAAGUACUGAAGAAACUGCGGACGCAGAUGAUUCAGCAGGAGUCGUUACUCUCACUUUAAAUGAUGUCUUGGAAUUAGAAGACGAACUUAUAGAAACUACUGGUGCAAUUCUUGGAGCUGCAAAUGAUAAGGCUUGCUCAUAUACAGAGGGAUAUUUAAAACGCCAAGCUUUGUACUCAUGUUUAACAUGUAUACCGGAGGCAAAGGAUGAUCCUGAGAAAGGCGCUGGAGUUUGCCUAGCUUGUAGUUAUCAUUGCCAUGAUGGGCACGAAUUGAUAGAACUUUACACAAAACGGAACUUCCGUUGUGAUUGUGGCAAUAAUAAAUUUGCCGUUUCCAAAAAUAAAUGUAAUUUAUGUGAGGACAAAGCAUCUGAAAAUGAUCUUAAUGUCUACAAUCAAAAUUUCUCUGGAACUUACUGCGUUUGUCACCGACCCUAUCCUGAUGUCGAAGAUCCAGUUCCUGAUGAGAUGAUUCAGUGUAUUAUUUGUGAAGACUGGUAUCAUUCCAGACAUUUGGGAGUUGAAGUGCCAAGUGAUAAUUUUGCAGAAAUGACUUGUGAACUAUGUAUUACUAAACAUGAAUUUCUUCUUCAUUAUGAUGAUUUAACAACUAAUAAAAGCAAGAAAACGACAGAUGAAACUGCAGAAGUAAAUGUAACUGAGACAAAUAAUGAUGAUGAUUCUUCAAUGCCACCAGAUUGUAAAAUGCCAAAGACAAAAUCAGAGAGAUCAACUGCUAGAUUUUGGGUGGAUGCAUCUUGGAGAAAACAACUGUGUACAUGUGAUGAAUGCUUGAAAAUGUACGAAGCUGAAGAUGUUGCAUUUCUUCUUGAUCACGAGGAUCCAGUCCACUUAUACGAGGAAAAAAGCAAAGCCAAGGCAAAGGCUAUGGUCGAAAAUGAAGAUAAGAAAUUUAUAAACUCACUUGAUCGAGUCCAACUAAUUGAAGCAAUCGCAGGAUAUAACGAUCUUAAGGAAAAUUUGGGCCAGUAUUUGAAAAAAUUUGCGGAAAAUAAGAAAGUCGUACGCGAGGAAGAUAUUAAGGAAUUCUUUGAGGGCAUGAAGGCACGUAAGAAAGCUAGAGUUGAAAUUCCAUAUAAUUGUCGCUAAUAAUUUACUGCAUUUUAUUUUUUUUUCUGUCGAAGCAUUUUUUAUACGUAGUGUUGUUUUAAGUAUAUCAUAAUUUCAUAAAUCUUGAUUUCACUGAAAGUACUUAAAUAUAUAAUGUAUGUAGCUACAGGAAUUAAAUAUUUUUUUUCAGUCGUCAA